AUGGAAUGGCUUCUUACGAAUGGUGGCAGAGCGCAGAAAAUUCCGGACUACGAUUGCGGACCAGAAGAUAGAAUCCCUGGAAGGAAAGACUAUGUCCUGGGCACGAUAUUUAUUGCGUACGGAAUUAUUGCAGAGAUCAUCUACGUAUUGGACUUGAUGGUGAUGGUGAGAAAACAGCAUCGGCGACUGUCUUGUUACAAAAUCAUGAUAGUAUUAGGGCUGUACGACAUGGCAGCUUUAUCACUCAACUCUCUUUUGACCGGAUAUUUUUGGUUCACUGGUGGAAAUUACUGUACAAGCCCAACAUUCAUGUUUGUUGCUGGGGCUUUAGCUCUUGGACUAUGGUGUGGAGCAUGCAUGAUUUGCUUUGUUUUGGUCAUAAAUCGUCUUCUGGACCUAUGGAAUAAAGCACUAUUGCAAAUGGCAGAUAAUCGAACAUAUGCGGUGCUGCUACUUCCUAUACUGUACAGUUUGUAUUUUGUCUUCUUCACACCUCCUCUUCUAUUCAAUUCCAAUGAGUCGGCGUGGUUCUUCUUCACGUUUGCCCGAAACAAGACGGAUAUUGCUGGACAUUUUCUGAACUACCCUCAUACAGCAAACAAUUUAUUCAUUGUCGUACUUACUUGUCUACUUUAUGUGCAAUAUUCUCGCGUUCUCCUACGCUAUUCCAAAAUAGGAAGUGGUUUGACUUGGACACAGAAAUCGUUUUUCCUUCAAUGUUCCUCGAUCUGCAUGGCAAACCUCAUAGCUGCAUUGAUUUAUGUUUAUAUGCAGUUCCUUUACACACCUCCAAGCUUCGUUCUUGUCGGUCACAUCUGCUGGCAACUUGGACACGGAUUCCCUGCUAUCGUUUACCUCGUAUUGAAUCGCACCAUACAAUUUGAAGUCUUCACUCUGCUCAGAAUUCAUCGACCAAACAAGGUGAAAACUUUUGCGACGAUGCAGUCAACAAAUAAGGCAUCUGACAGUGUUGCUGAUAAUGUUACACACUGCCUCAUGUGCUGCUGA